GCCGACGUAGCAUACAGUAGGUACCAGAAGGCAGCCGGUUGGACUCCUUCAGGCCAAGAGGAUAGAUAUGGUGUGUAGAGGACACCAUCGGCUCCUGUAGACCAUUUCAAUUUACUCGGGGGUUCUUUUUUCUUUUUUUUUCUCUUUUAUUUUCCUUUUCUUCAAUUUUCUGUCUACGGGUGGCAAUCAGUUCCUCUUCAAAAAGAACCUCUUCCACUUCGUUUUUCUUGUUGGAAAAUCCCAAAUCUUGUGACAAUUUGAAACAAUCAAUUGGAAAAAAAACAACCUCAUCAUUAGAGAAGAGAAAAUCAAUUGUUAAGGAAAUAGUAACAUUUCUUGAAAAAUUGUUCAAAAUCUGCUACCAGUGAGGAUUUAAAGUUUCAAGGUCGUCAUAUGUGAUCAUCAAUCUUACAAGAUAUUGUGUGAAGUGGAACCAAAAUUUACGGUGACUUCUAAUUAGAAAAAAAAAAAAAAAAAUUGUGGAUUCGAAGAAUGGAUAGAAAUUGGAAUAACUGAAGAUUUGUUGAAAAAAAAAUAGUUUUUAAAAGCAGAUGGUUUAAGAGUUUCGUGGCGAAAUGUAAACGGUAGUGACGGUGAUUGGCAAAAUUUUGGAAUAACAAAAGAAGAAAAGAAAGGUUUUUUAUUGUUGUUGUUGUUGUUGUUGUGAAUUUAGGAAAUUUUUUCGAUAAUUUUUUAGUGCACCUUGUGUUAUGGUGUCGAUAGGUUUCCUCGAAGCGGGACGAAGAUCGAAAUCUGAGGAGAAAUUUAAAAAGGAGAAGCUUCUGUGUUUAAUAAUUUCUACUUGUGUGGAUCUUUAGUUUAUCAGCUUGUCAUUCAGGAUUAGUUGGAGUUUAAUCACAAGUCGAAAUACUAUGAUGGUGAUGAAGUCGUGCCACUCGUUUCUCAUAGGAAUUAUCCUGAUUCUACGAACAAAUUGUCAAACAACAGAAGAAAAUAAAUUUUCAGCUGAAACAAAAUUGUCAACAAAUUUUCAAAAUUCAGAUGCAUUUCUUGGCGCUGUAUUGGCAGUUGAACAAGAUUCAUUGAGAAGGGAAAUUAAUCGAACAGAUUCAAAUUUAAAUUUAAUUCGUAAACGACGAUUCGUGAGAUUUCCCAGUGGUUCAGGAUAUGCAUUUGAGGGGCAACAACAUCCACGUUCAAUUGGAUUGGCAAAUAUGCGAUUUGGACCACAGGCACAAUUUUCAACAUGGAGACAACAAAAAUCAUUUUGGCGACCACCUCCUGUUUCAGGAGGUCCACCUCCUAUUGCUGAAUUCACAAGGCCAGUCAUGGGACAUCGUACGCCAAGACUUAUUUUUCGCGACAACGACUUUCCGGCCACGACCGGAAAUGGAGUCAGCAGCAAUUUCUUUCAAUCCAAUCAACUUCCUGAAAUCGAGGAAGAAAUUCGAGAUCACCGAAAGCAAUUAAUCAACGAAUACCCGCGACUUGAGACCGAGCCGCGAAUUCAAAAAAGACCCCUUUGGGAAGGUGACGAUUCGUUGUGCACUGACGGACGGAGCUGUGAAUUUUUUCUAUUAUGCUGGAUGUCUUCCGGUUUCUUGGACGGAAGUUGUGGUGGAUUAAUGUACGCGUGUUGUCAUCGAAACAAAGAAUCAGCAAAGGCAAGUUCCGAUUAUAAUCUCGCCGAUGCUGCUAGAGAAGAGAAUCUUCUUCUCUCGACGGAUUCUUACUCUGAAGAGUCGCCAAAUGACGAUCGCUGUGGAAUAUCGGCCACAAAACAAACCGCUCAAAGAAGAAUUGUUGGUGGUGACGAAGCUGGUUUCGGAAGUUUUCCCUGGCAGGCAUAUAUUAGAAUUGGAUCCAGUAGAUGUGGAGGAACAUUGGUGAACCGCUUUCACGUCGUUACUGCGGGUCACUGUGUCGCUAAGGCAUCAGCAAGACAAGUACAGGUUACACUUGGAGAUUAUGUAGUUAAUUCUGCAUCAGAAUCUCUUCCGGCUUACACUUUUGGAGUGAGAGAAAUUCGAGUGCAUCCUUAUUUUAAAUUUACUCCUCAAGCUGAUAGGUUUGAUGUUGCUGUACUGAGAUUAGAUCGACCAGUUCAUUACAUGCCUCAUAUAGCACCAAUUUGUUUACCGGAAAAAAAUGAAGACUUCUUAGGACAAUACGGGUGGGCUGCAGGUUGGGGAGCACUUCAAGCGGGUUCGAGAUUAAGGCCAAAAACGCUUCAAGCUGUAGAUGUACCAGUUAUUGACAAUAGAGUUUGUGAAAGGUGGCAUCGUUCUAAUGGCAUUAAUGUUGUCAUUUAUGAUGAAAUGAUGUGCGCUGGUUAUCGUGGUGGUGGCAAAGAUUCUUGUCAGGGCGAUAGCGGAGGUCCAUUAAUGCUUGAAAAAACAGGAAGAUGGUACCUAAUUGGAAUUGUAUCAGCCGGAUAUUCUUGCGCUCAGCCAGGACAGCCAGGAAUUUAUCAUAGAGUAGCAAAAACCGUUGAUUGGAUAACUUAUGUCAUAAAUUCAUAAAAUUUUAAUUAUUAUUAUUAUAUAUUUUAAAAAAAUAGCAGUGAUUUUAAUUAAAAUGAAACUAGGACUUUUCAUUUUUAUAUUAUAGAAUGGAUUUCCAUUCCGAAGACUGCCAAUUAUUAUUAUUUUUUUUUUUUGAGAAAUGGACUUUUAAAAAAAAUAGAAAUAACAUACAAAAAAGAGUUCAAUAAACACUUGACAAUAAAACGGCUAUAAAAUUAACAAAAAAGAAAAAAAAAUCUUAAAUUCCAUUUCUUAAUAUUUAAAUGUAGUCGUUAAAUUAUUUAUAUAUAUAUUUGAAAAGAAGCAAAAAAACAAUUUUCCAAAGACCUAAAAAUAUGAGACAUAACAGUUUAUUGUUUCAUAGUUUUCUAACAUUUUUUUUUUCA